AUGUAUCUAGAGCCAUGCCAACAAUACCAAUGGCUAAACGGAACCGAUCGAUCGAGUAUAAAUGUGAAUCUGAAGUAUCAAUGCGAUACUAAUUUAAGUAAUUCAUGGUAUCGAUUUGGAGGAGCAGAUGAAAAUUAUGUAUUGCAAACAAAUUGUUCCGAAAUUUCAAAUCUAGGAGUUUGUGGAACUAUUUCUCCUGGCUGGAUGUAUGGCAACCAUCCACAAGACUACUGUGAUCCAAAUCCUUGUUAUAAUCAUGGUACGUGUUCUUUGAGAGCAACUGGAUAUACAUGUUCAUGUUUGCCAAGAUAUACCGGAGAACACUGUGAACGAAAUUUCGAUCCUUGCAAUGCAAAUCCUUGCAAUCAAGGGAUUUGUCUUACAAAAGGACAAGGAUAUCAGUGUCUUUGCAAACCCGGUUACACCGGCAAAUAUUGCCAAGAUGAUCUUAAUGAAUGUCGGACUAAUAAAUCUAUAUGCCAAGGAAACUGCCAUAAUACAGUUGGCAGUUACUUCUGUUCAUGUCAAAAUGGACAAAUUCUAAUGGCAGACAAAAUUUCUUGUUUCGAUCCUUGUCAAAAUGCAAUUUCGUUAACUGAUCCUACGAGAUCAAUAUAUAACGAUGAACCAUCGUCCUUCCAUAUUAAAUGUGAUCGAACUCAAUUUAAAAAUAAUUUUUGGUAUCGUUUUAAUGGCGGCCGCAAUAGCCAAAUGAUAGCCCAAGGAAGAGUUAGUAUGCUAAAAUGUGGAACAAUAUCGCCAGGAUGGCUGGUAGGAAAUCACCCGGCAGUGACAGAAGGCAUUGCUACCGGAAAAGUUUGUUUUACAUGGGGUCCUAGUCCUUGCCAUUGGAAUCGAACUAUCAAUAUCAAAAAUUGUGGCAAUUACUUUGUGUAUAAACUUCCUCCUCCACCGGAUUGCGAUUUGCGUUAUUGUACUACCAGAGCCACAAUCAAUAAAUGCUUCUUCAAUCCAUGUCGAUACGGCGAAUGUAUCAACAUUACUGGCAAUCAUCAAUGUAUUUGCAGAAAAGGAUUCACAGGAGCUGAUUGUGCACAAGAUAUCAACGAAUGCGAGACUUUAAAUGGUGGCUGCCAAGAGGCGUGUAUUAAUACGUUUGGUAGUUAUCGUUGCCAGUGUGCAAAUAACUCGAUCUUAAUGAAAGAUGGCCAUCAUUGCCUAGUUAACCAAGGAAUUGUCAAAAGAAUGGCUUGUUUUAAUUUUCAUAAUAGUUGCUGCCAUACAUCUAACAUGAUUCGAAUCAGAAAUUGCCAUAGCUAUUUUGUAUAUAACCUCAGUGCAAGUAAAUCCUGCAAUCCGGGAACAAGAUACUGCACGAUUAAAUUAGACAAAUGUCAACCAGACCCAUGCAUUCAUGGCACUUGCUACCGUAAUAAUUCGAGUUCAUUUUAUUGUCAAUGUCGACAUGGCUAUACUGGAAAUAUUUGCCAAACUGCUAUUAAUGAAUGUCUCUCCAACCCAUGUCAUCAUGGAAAAUGUAUUAAUCAAGAAAAUAGAUACACAUGUGUUUGCAAGAAAGGAAUAACCGGUGUAAAUUGUGAUCGGGAUAUUAAUGAAUGCUUGGAUCGUAAUGGUGGUUGUAGCCACUUUUGUAAUAAUACAUACGCUGGCUACUUCUGUUCAUGCCCUAAUAGCUUAACAGUUGGUGUUGACAAACACACAUGUAUUGGUAUGCUUUAA